AUGCGAGCCGCUCUCACGGAUGCUGCAGAUGGUGUGCUCCGGCCUGGCGCUUUGCCAUCGACGUCUGCCGUUGGGAAGGAUGGCAACAAAGCUCUCCUGGAUGCGCUUGGAAAGGCUGUGGCUAUCGCAAAGCCUAAAAGGUCAAAAGAACGUGAUGGUCUAGUAGAUCCAGUGAAGCCUCAGACCACCGAAGAAAAGCUGAGCAGUUACAUGCAAGACUUGCUUGCCCAUGCUGCUACUGCUAGAACGCAGUCCAUCAAGCUUUCCACAGUGGGGUAUGCCACGGAGCUGUCAGCCCAAUUGUUGGACCAUGCCAAAAAGCUAGAGGUUACGUUCAAGACAGGUCAGGACGCUUUGAAGAUCAAAGACGAGAAGGAAAUGACCGCUCUCAUCAAGAAGGUCGAUAAGCUCAUUGCUUUUGGUGAUCAAGCGAAGGCUGCUGCUGCUGCUUUCCUGCGACCGUCGAGCAAGGGGCGUGCCAAAGCGAAAGCGAAAGCGAAUACAAAGACGACGAAGACGGAGAAGUCGAGCAAAGCGCUGCAGCCUCGGUUUCGAGGACAGUCGGUGAAGUACAUGAGGGCCUGUCACAGAAAGAGACUGCUGUUAGAGCCUUCAGCUCCCUUGGCUGCGAUGGCUUGCACCCGGGAAAUUGCGAGAGGGAUCUCCAUAGAUGGCUAUGUUCACAUCCUCCUUCCCCACGAACUCCUGCACUGCCUGGCCAAAGUGCAGUGCAACUCGGUUUUCGAUGCCAUUAUUUUGGGCCAUUUGAACGCAGUGUCUCGAAGGAAGUUUUGGGAACAUGUAAAAGAAGUGGAUGCGUGGCGCUUGCAUCCAAUCUUUGAUGACCGCCAGCUGGACAUGUCCACAGUUAUCCCAUUGUGUGUGCAUGGCGACGGAGCUGAAAUGAAACGCGAUGAUGAGAGCUUCGUGUGGAGUUUCUCGAGCUUUUGGGGUUCUGAGGGACAAGUGAAAGAUGUUCUCAUGUACAAGUAUCCCUUUGCGAUUAUCUUGGAACGGCACAUGAAAGCUCCAAAUGUACGCAGCGCGGUGGAAAAGGUCAUCGCUGAGGUGUUCGGUUGGAGCAUGAAAUGCUGUUCCAGCGGCAUUGCUUACAUGGCCUUAGAGCUAGUUCCCUCGCCGUGGACUGCCGUUCCAGGAUUUCGCUUGGAAACCAUUGCAUGGGACUUGCUCCACAAUGUCUUCCUCGGCACAGGGAGGGACCUAGUGGCUAGUGCAAUUCGAGUUUUGAUCAGGGAGGGCAUCUAUGACCAUGUUGGAUCUUCUGAGCUGGAUGUUAUCCUCAGCGCAGUUCACGAGGAAAUCCGCACGACAUGCAAGCAGAACGGGUUCCUUUACCAAGAGUGUUUUCCCUUGGUUUGA